GAUCCAAUGUGGAAUCAAUGCAAACUUGAGGGACUAAAACUGUAUUUUUUCCAAUAAUAAAAAUUAAAUAUUCCCUCAGAAUCUAUAACAUCCAUAAACGUACAAGAUCUUUUGCCUUUGGAGAUCUGUCAAAAUUUCGAAAUAAACACUGCUUUCCCGCUCAGACAACGGUACAUCUCUCUCUCUCUCUCUCUCUCUCUCUCUCUCUCUCUCUCUCUCUCUCUCUCUCUCUCUCUCUCUCUCUCUCUCUCUCCUCCGCUCCUCCGCCUUUCAAUCAAUCGCCGGAACUUCACUCUACAACGUCGGCAAGCUAUACAGAAACUUCGAGAUUGCUCCAAUUUUCGUGGAGAGAGAUUAACAUGCCUUGUCUUCCCCUGUUCAUCAUUUUUAUUAUGCUGCUGGAUGAAUAACAGUAAUCAAUAUUGAUCAAGCUUGUGAAAUUCGUGAGGCUAGUAAAGGAAAUGGACAAAAUUUACGAAGAGCUGGAGGAAGUUAAAAUUGAGGCCGAAAAGCUCAGAGAAGAAUGCCGUGCCAAAACAGAGCUUUCCAAUAGUUUGAGGAAAGCCCACAUUGAGCAACUAGCCAAAAUCCAACAAGAAAAAUCGGAGAUCGAUAAACUGGCCCAAGAGUUGAAUGCCAAGUCUGUGGAGAUAUGUGAGAUUAGGCAAAUGUAUGAGGAACUCCAAUCCAGUUUGCACAGAAAAGACUUGUUUCUCCAGCAAAUUAGCUCUAAUACCGAGAAGCUUCGUGCAGAGUAUUCCGAGAAAAUUUUAGUAUUGGAAAGUGAAAAUAAGGAUUUGGUCUUGGCUUUAGACGAAGCAUCAAAGAGGAUCCAGGAUCUUGAGAAGAGGACUUGUGCAAGUUCGGAGGAAAUUGCUGGUCUUAAGAGGCACUUAUCGAUUAAACCAGAGAAGACACUUGAAGCGGAGAAGAAUGUAUUGAAAGAUCUGAAAGAGAGAGAUGAAUACAUACUGAAACUGGAGGAGGAAAAUAGGACAAACAAAGAUCAGUUGAAAUGGAAAAACGAGCAGUUUUCCCACCUCGAAGAAGCACAUAUGAAGAUCCAGACUCAGUUUGAGGCGAGUAAGAUCGAGUGGCAGAAAGAGAAAUCUUCAUUUAUUGGUGAAAUCACUUCACUUCAAUCUGCUUUGGAUGCUCAAAUUCGAGUUUCGGAAGGUUUGGAGACUCAGAUGAGGAUGAGUAAUCAAGCUUUGGCUCGCGAAGAAAGUCGAAGGAAAGUUCUGGAAAUUGAGGUGUCUGAAACUAGAUCAAGAUUCGAGGAUGUCUCGAGAGAUUGCCAGGUGGCAAAAUCGGAGUUUGAGGAGUUGGCGGUGAAGAGGGAUGAAGAGAUUGCGGAUCUACGGAUGCUAGUGAGGAAGAAAGAGAUGCUUGCCAAUGAAAUGAACUACAAAACUGCACAACUUGAGCAAGAGAAUGGUGAUUUGCUAAUGUCUUUGAAAGAUAUUCAAGAGGCUCAGAUUAGUAACAAUGCCGCAUCUUCGUUGAAAAAGUUGCGGAAUAAAUUUCGAGGUUUGGAACAGUUGCAUGAUAAAUGUGCUGUAAUACUUAAAGAGAAGGAUGCUGAAUGGAAUUCUUGGACAGAAAAAUUGAAUGCGGAUAUGAACUGUUGCUUGUCUGAGUUGGAUGGCAAAAAUAAAAGCAUAGGAGAACUCCACAAGAAAUUGGAAGAUUGCGAGUCCCUAUUGGAGGUAAAGAAUGAAGAAAUUUUUGCUUUAAUGAUGGUGUUGAAAUCUCAAUUUUAUGGUGCUUAUUCAAAGUUGUACGAUGCGAAAGAGGAAUUGGAGAUGGGGAUUAUGCAAACUGAAGAUAAAAAUUCGGUUCUAAAUCAGCAGUUGCAAUUGAAGGACACUGAGCUACAUAAAAUACGAGGUGAUUUGAAGCAGAGAUGCGAUGAGAUGGCAGAAUUAAUGGAGCGGAUUGAGUCUUUAGAUUCCUUAAAGCAUAAAGAUUACCGCGUGGAGGAAGAAUUUACAAGGUAUAAAGCGAUGCUUGAUGAAUCAAAUGAAUGUCAAUGCCGAUUGAAACAGCAACUUCUUGAAUUGGAAAAUAGCCAGAGAAAGAACAUACAAAGUGCUUUGGAGACGGUAAAUUUUGAGCUUGCGAAUAGAGUAACUGAAGUCGAGCAAUACAAGCUUGAAUUGCAAAAGUCAAAGUCGGAGAUGGAAGUCCUGAAAUUAAAGUUGGAUGAAAAUCAGCAAGCACAUAUUCAAGAAAGAGCCAGCCUUGCUGUGACUUCGCAAGAGAAAGAUGCCGAAAUUAGCAAAUUACAGGAUCGGAUUUGUGUGCUGGAAUCGGAGAUUUUGAUAAAAGCCGAGGCUGCAGAAAUGCUCGACCGAGAGAAGAAUAAUCACAUCCGAUUUGCUGAAGAUAUGAACUGCAGCAUUACAAGGCUUCAGAACGAGAUUGCUCGAAUAAAGAACGAGUUGGUUGAAAAAGAAGCUGAAAAUACAACUCUUGAGAAAGAACACGAAAGGUUUUCAUCUGAUAUUAAAGAGAAAGACUGGAAAAUACAAGAACUUAAGAAGGAGUUUGAAUCAUUGGAUCAGGAUUUCAAAAGGGCUAUGAUCUCUUUUACGGAGAUGGAAGCUGUUUUCGAUGAAGCCUUAAAGACAGGCCAUGCUCACAAAAUGUUGGAGAUUGAAGAGAAAAAUCAGAUAAUCGACAAUUUGGAGAAAGAAUUGAACAAGCUGAAUAGUGAAUUUGGAAAGGAGAAGAGGUGUAAUGAGGAGCUCGAGUCUCGUAAACAAGCUUUGCUUGAAGAUCUUGUGAAAUCAUCGAUUGAAAGGGAGAGUUUACUUGCACAAUACGAAGGUAUCUACGGGCAAAUUGGAGUUUUCUGCAAUGAAGAUGCUGAGUUGGCAGUUAUGUUGGGGAAGAUAUUACACAAUUCCGAGGAAGAAAGUGAACCCGCAAGAAAUAUAUUGUUGGAUGAUGGGUUUUACGACGCUCUCAUUUCACCGUCAAGGAAAUCAAUCCAUGUGAGUUUGGAGGAAAGAGCUCCAUUGACAGAGCUGAACUUUUAGGUUCUGUCCCUUUUGAGGUAAACAUCAUUUUAUAUUGCAUGUAACUCUUCUGUUAUAAAUGCAAACUGUAAACCGAAACUGUUUCCACCGAUUUACGAUGAACUGGACAUGUCUGAAUGAGAAAAAAAAUGCAUUGUGAUUCUUUUGUAGCUUUAAGGUUGUUGGUGAUUUUUUUAAGGUUGCAUUUGGACGGAAGAAUUUAGCAGUUUUAACGAAAUUUCGAUAUUCAUAAUAACAUAUCCUUUGCAUAAGUCAUAAAUCAAACAUUUCUGAAAAUUCAGCAUGUAUUUGAAUAAACAUAUACAAUACAGUACAACCAAUUCAAAAAUCGUAAAAAA